AGUCCAGGGGUGGUGGCAGUGGCCGGGCCGGGGAUGCAGCUCCCGGGGGUGCAGCUCCCGGGGGUCCUGGUCCCCUCCUUGCUGGCCAUCCCCGUGGCCUUGGGCACCAACGCUGCGACCACCUUGGCAGAGAGCCCACUGGUGCUGGUGCUCACAGGGCUGCUGCUGCUCCUCGGUCUCAUCUCCAUCAUCUUCAUCACUGGAGGAAGCCACUGCCAGGACCCCCUUUUCUGCGUGUUCGUGCUGCUCUCCUUCACCUCGGUGGUGGAUUUGGUGAUCUCCUUGGAGGAGGAUGGCUUCAUCUCCGGCUUUGUGGAGUUCUACAUCAGAGAGGGUGAGCCCCACCUGCGGACGGCCCACGGGAUCAUGAUCUGUUACUGGGAUGGCAUCGUCCACUACGGACUCUACCUCACUAUGAUCGUGGCCAUUGGGCAGAGAAAGAGCUACAGGAACCUGGGGCUCUUCUGGCUGGGCUCCCUGGUAAUGAGCAUCACUGUCUUCCUGCUGGGGAAUCUGAUAGGGAAAUACAGCUCGGAGCUCAGCCCUGCCCUCCUGCUCAACCUGCCCUACAUCCUCAUCCCCCUCUGGGCCGGGGGGAGGCUUUUCCAGCAGCCCAAAACUCCGCCGAGCUUCAGCCCUGAGAAGGUUGCAGAGGAGCAAAGCAAACGCCUGUACCAGCGGCCACAGGACCUGGGGCUGAUCCUGCUCCUGCUCCUCACCAUUGCCUUCACCUUUUUCAGGGGGAUGGUGGUUCUAGACUGUCCAGCUGACUCCUGCUUUGAGUACAUCUACCAGCGGGAGCCUUACCUGCGCGACCCUGUCGCUUACCCCAAGGUGCAGAUGCUGAUUUACCUGUUCUACAUCCUCCCCUUCUUCUGCCUUGGAAUCUACGGACUGGUGCUGCCCGGCUGCUCCUGGCUGCCCGACUGGAGCUUGGUGGUUGCCGGGGCCGUGGCUCAGGCUCAGUUCUCCCAUUUGGGAUCCUCGCUGCACCCCCGCACCCCCUUCCCCUACCAGACCCCCGAAGAUGUUUGGUGGAGCUUCCUCAUCACCAACCUCCUCUAUGCUCUGGGACCUCAGCUCCUGGCCUAUCGCUGCCUGCACUGCCCUGCCUUCUUCCUGCCCUCCCCCCCUGCCACCCUCCUGCCCAGCAAGAAGCACCAGUGACACCUCCUGCCCACCCCGGGGGGGCUCAUGCCGCCCCCCACCCCCCACGGAGCAGCCUCUGAGGGGACCAGGCUUGGCAGAGAUGUCCCCGCGGAUGCUUUUGUCCCCCGGGGGAUGUUCUGGUCCCUCGGGGUGCUCUAUGGGGACACAGCUCCGGCCACAGCCCUCCCGGGGUAUGGGGGGGGGGGGGGGGGGGGGUGAGGGGGCGUGUGGGAGACGGGGUCCCCUCCUGGCAGGUCCUGGGGGGCCAUGAGGACUCCGUCCCACCCUGGUGCUCCCGGGAUGAUGCUGGAGAGGGGACCGUGCCAGGAAAACACUGUUUACAAAAUAAAGGACUGAGGGUACAGCUCUGA